AUGCGACUAUUCUCAACGAUCAUCUUACCCCUCAUAGCCCUCUUCGCACUCCCAAGCACAUCAGCUAAAGGUGGAGAUACACUUUAUACGAAUUCGGUAACUUAUUGCGCAGAAGCAAGGGCUGUCCUUGUGGACCAAUUCGACAUAGCAUAUCAUAAAUCAAAUAAAUCAGUAACAUUCUCAUUCUCAUUAGCUUCGGUAGAAUCUAAUUUGAAUGUCUCUGCGAAUUUAUAUGUCAACGUUUAUGGAAUUCAAGCUGUAAAUCAAACUCUUGAUUUAUGCAGUUUCUUCUCAGGCGUUAUUUGCCCUUUACCACAAGUUAAUUUCACAGGUUACGGUACAUACCCGAUCCCUACCAAAUACACAGAUCAAAUACCAGGUAUAGCAUGGUCUGUCCCAAACUUGGAAGCUUAUGCUAGAAUUCAACUUCUUCGAGAAGAGACAGGAGAGGUAGCAGCAUGUUUACAAGCUACUUUGUCAAACGGAUGGUCAACACGUCAAGAAGCAGUAUCAUGGGCAACUGGAAUAUUCACCUUGGUAGCUUUGUUAAUUGGUUUGUUCCAUACUGGAGCAGUCAAUUCACCUUCACCAGCGCAAUAUAGAUGGUUUGAUAUAUUAUAUCUUUUCCAAACUGCAGCCUCAACAGGUCUACUUCAUCUAAAUUAUCCGUUGGCAUAUUCAGCUUUCACUGAAAACUUUCAUUGGGCUUUUGGUCUUUUCAAAUCGCAAAAAAUCCAAAAUUCGAUUAAUACGAUGAGAGCUAAAACAGGUGGUCAUUUAGACUCGAACGCAUAUUCAGAUGUUCAAUAUAUCAAUAGAAAAUUUUCACCUUAUAACGUUUACAUCUCGUUAAACGAAGUGAUAUCAUCAAAAGCUACCUUUCAAUCUUUCUUAUCACAAAAUACCAUCAGUCAAAGAGAACUAUCAAAUCAUACCUACAAUAUAGAAUUAGGUAAAAGAGCCAACAUCCAAUCUUCUGUCGCUCAAAAUGCUACUUCAGAAUUAUCAAGUGGGUUACCAGUCUACACGAAUACUAUAAGUAUACCGGAAGCGAACGCUUUCCCGACUGUCUUCUUCUCCUUCUUGGCUUUCUGCGCUAUCGCAAUUGCAUUCCAUGUCAUACUGUUUGCAGUCCUUUUGGUAGCAGAAAGAGGUGGUAGAGGCAAGAAGGAAAUCAAUUGGGCAGGUAGAUUGAGAAGAAUGUGGUGGGGUUUCUGUGCUGGAAACGCCUUGAGACUGUGCCUCAUAUGGUUCCUGCCUGUAUUUAUCUUCGGAUUCUGGCAAUUCCACGUUGGCGAUUCCGGUCUCUCAAUCUUCUUUGCUGUAUUCUCCAUCCUGUUGGUUUUCGUUCCACUGGCAACGGUAUUCGUUCUUUCGAUCUUACGAAAUAGACGUUUAUCGUCUACAGCACCAGGCAUCUCACCUUUGUAUACCUCUUAUCGAUGGUUCCAUUCUGUCGGAGUACUAUACCGAGCAUACAGACAGAAAUUCCAUUUUUUCUGGUUUGCACCUUUGAUCCUCGGGAUGAUCGCCAGGAGUGCAUUCAUCGCAUUUGGACCUACUUCAGCAUGGGCUCAAAUCAUUGGAAAUGUAGUCGUUGAGUUCAUCGUCUUCAUAGCUUUGAUAGCUUGUAGACCUCAUAAAGAUAGGAAAGGAGACUGGAUCUCCGCUGUCCUCAGUUUAUUCAGACUCGUCGCUUUCGGUCUUUUGAUCGCUUUUAUCCCGAGUGUAGGAGUUAAACCCAUCAUCAGAGCAGUGAUUGGUUUCGUUAUUAUUGUUGCGUUUGGUUUACCCACUGUAUUGCUUUUCUUUGGACUGAUCUGGAAUUUAGGUUAUGGUUAUUGGUGGAGAAGACAUACACAUCGGAUUGAAGAUGGUCUUGAAGUGGAAAGAUUCGUAGCUUCAGAUGAUGAUUCAUCAGUCCAACAAACGAUGACACAAGUUCAUCCAACCAAUGUCAAUGAAUCAAUCACAAAUCGUGAUUCAAUCAUAAAUUCAACUUCACCAACAACGGAAAGUCUAGGUAGGAGAACAUCGAUAUUAGAACCUGUCGGAGAAGAGAAUUAUUAUGAACCUACAUUCGGAUCCAAACAUUUACCUUCAUUCUCAUCUGCAUCUGAAUAUUCAAAUGCAAAUGCGAACGCAAAUGGUCGUACACAGAUGCGUAAUUCACCUCCGACGAAUUCGUAUCCACUUGCAUCAACUUCGGAAGAAGAGUAUUAUCAACACAAUCAUGAUUCAAAUAGAGUAUCAGCUGCUCAAGCUUAUGAACAAGCUGCAAAAGGUGGUUUUGCAAAUAACUCAAAUCAACAACAACAACAACAACAGCAAGAGUAUAAUUAUCAACCUUCAAUGACUAGACAAUCAACUGCUUCGUCAAGACCUCUAAGUGGUCAUUCACAAUACUAUACUCCGUACAGUACGUCAAAUGAAGGGCACAAUCAAUCGAAUCAGUAUUUCAACGCCAGACAAAAUUAA